UGCAGAAAGCAUAGCAGGUGAUAGUAGAGACCAUAUGAAUAUGAUAGAGAGCAUCACAUGCGACGUGCUUAGCAGCGAGCCGGGCCGAGGCUCCGAAACAACCGAGGCUCGAUAGCAAGAUGAAACAUGGAAACGAGAGUGUAGGAAGGACGUCGUCGACAACAACAACAACAACAACAACGAAUCUGCCUCGACAAGUAGCAAAUCACCCACCAUGGCGACUCUGAUCAAGCCACCGCCUGCGGAUGCCAGCAAAUCUCCAAUCGAGAGUGUGCUUGAGCUCAAGCAGCUGACAGACAUCGACCCUGGCAUCUUCACUAACACACGUCCAUUGUGGCAUCCUCCCGGCGCUCGAGGAAUAUACGGAGGUGCCGUGAUUGCGCAAUGCCUGGCGGCAGCCCAACGAACAGUCCGCGACGACUUUAGCGUCCACAGCAUGCACUGCUACUUUGUGCUUGCCGGCAACGCCGAAAUCCCAAUCAUGUAUCACGUCGAGAAAGUAAGAGACGGGCGCAGCUUCGCUACACGGACCGUUCAAGCACGACAGCGGGGACGCCCCAUCUUCACGACGACCAUGUCGUUCGUCCGAGAGAACAGCGGAGGUGCUGAGCGUGUCGAACAUGCAGUCGACAUGCCCACUGUACCUGGGCCGUCGGAAGACCUGGACAUUCCGCAGCAAGACAACAGUCCUUUCCAAAGCCAACGCAUCCACAUCCUCAACCAUGAAUCGGGUCGGCCACAAGACAAGAAGACACGACAAUGGAUCAGGGCUAGGGGCAAGAUCAGCCCCAGCGGAGGACACCAGGCACAUCUUUCUGCUCUGGCAUACAUGAGCGAUAGCUAUUUCAUAGGCACAGUGUCAAGAGUGCACCGACUGUGGAGGUUCUCGACAUCGGACAAGGAUGGGAAAUCGACAAUCGACAGUUCGGUGCUCGAGAAGCUUCGUGACAUGGACGACGACACUCUGCGGAGAAUGCAAGGAAUGGACGAAGAUGUCAUAAUGGCAAUACGAAACAUGAAGGACAUCAACAGCGAAGAACAGAGACGGCCAGAGGUGGGCAUGAUGGUCAGUCUGGACCACACCAUCUACUUCCACUCGCCUCGCAAUUUCAGGGCAGACGAGUGGAUGUUUACAGAAAUGGAAAGCCCAUGGGCAGGAGACGGCAGAGGAUUGGUGCUUCAGAGGAUGUUCACCAAAGACGGCGAAUUGGUUGCAACAUGCGUCCAAGAGGGCGUGGUCCGACUAAAGGAAAGUAAGAGCAAGGCGGAUGUGUCGAGCAAACUGUGACAAGGACCUGUGGGAGUGUGAGUCAAAGGCGUGAUAGGGCGUGGUCAGGAAGAGCGGAUGGCUAGGGCGUGGUAGAGGGUAAGGGCACAUAGCCUAUAGGGCGUGGAGUUUUGGAGUCUGUUGCGAGCGAAUGGCGGGGUAGCAGCGGUUUUCGGCCGGCGUCAUAGGGCCCGGCCCAUUUUUUCACAGACCAACAGUC